AUGGCAAUAUUUAACGCCGAACCAUUAUCAAAUCAAUCCUGGCAAUGCCAUCCAAUGCAAUAUCCAUAUAAGCGAUCAUUGAGCGCUUUUGAGAGUUCGGUUUUGACAAACCCAAUUUCGAUCACGCCGUCUAGUUCAAUCAAGGUAAUAUGGAAAACAUCGACGACAGGUCUUAAUUCAGGGUUCUUCAAUCUUGAUUUUGUAAUUUCGAGUUCUACUUCCGCACUUUCAACCUCCGCACCUUUAUAUACUAUUUACAAUACUCGAUAUGGUUCCAAUUCCUCUGGCAAUGUUACUAAGGUCCCUAAUAAAACAUUCCAAAAAUUUAUUACUACUACAUCGCAUUCGGCUUCAAUCACAAGCUCAGACAAUGUUUCCGCAUCCACUAUUGGUUUAAUUCUUAAUUCAACUUCCAAAAUUACCAUCCCUUCCUCUUCCAAAACUACUGUCCUUUCCGAUGUUCCUUCUCCCCCUUCUAAAACCGUUGUUCCUUCUAAAACCAUUUUAACUUCUUCUAAAACCGUUUCCCCUUCAUUAGUUACCAGUCAAACUCACACUGCAACUUAUAAAACCAUCUCUCAUUUCUCGGUUCUCUCUUCAGCUCAAAAAAUAUCAAACACAAAAUCUACUCCAACAAAGUCUAUCUCUACAAUUCAAACACACACUCCAAUAAUAAUAUCUCACAUAUCCAUCCAAUUUAACCAAAUAUGUACAUUGAGAUUAAUGGAUAUAUUAUUGGGAUGGUUUAAUCCUUUAUUCUUCUUUCUGCUAAGCUGGAUUGUAAUAUUGGAUUUGGAUGAGUAUUGUAUUGGAAGUUUUUAUGGACUAUAUGAUAGAGCUAGGAAUAUGAGGCGUGGGUACAUGAUGGUAUAA